GCGGCCAAGAGGGGGCGCCGUCGUGAGAGGAGCGCCGCGGAGCAGUUGCUGCUGCCUCAGCAUGGAGCUCUGGUGCAGGAUCCGAGCCUGCAGGCGGGGACCCCAGGGCCCUUGGAAGUCUCCCCCUUUCCAGGCCCACGCUGUUCUGCUGCUGCUGCUGCUGUUGCUAAGACCCAUUGGUAGCUUAGACACAGAUGCCCUAAAGGGGGCACAAGGCCCCUUGGCGCUGUCCACGGCUGCUCCAGCUAAUACUGGCAAACCCUGUGCCCCCAAUACCCCCCGUCCCUUGGAUAAACCUCAGCUCUCCCAGGCCCCUAAGAGAGGAGCCUUGGAUGGGAAACUCUUGAACGACCCGCCGCAGUCCUCUGCUUCUCAAGACCAGAUCAAGCCAUUUCCCUCCUGUGGCUUCUCCCAGGAACCUGACCUUACCCUCAAGUACCCAGAGGCCAUGGCCCGGCGGUGGCCUUGGAUGGUCAGUGUGCGAGCCAACGGCACACACGUCUGUGCGGGUACCAUCAUUGCCUCCAAGUGGGUGCUGACGGUGGCCCACUGCCUGAUCCAGCGCGACACUGUCUACUCAGUGCGGGUAGGGAUCCCGUGGAUUGACCAGAUGGCACAGACUAGCUCAGAAGUCCUGGUGAGCCAGGUCAUUGUGAACAGGCGGUACCGGGCCCAGCGCUACUGGUCCUGGGUUGGCCAGCUCCACAACAUUGGCCUCCUCAAGCUUCAGGAGGAACUCAAGUACAGCAGCUACGUCUGGCCCAUCUGCCUGCCCGGCUUGGACCGUGUGCCAAAGGCUGGGUCCCGCUGCACCGUGACGGGCUGGGGCCUCCCCAAGUUUAACGGCACAUGGCCCCAGUUCCAGACCCUUCAGGAAAAGGAUGUCACCAUCCUGAAUAGCAAGGAGUGCGACAGCUUCUACCACAGGUUCACUAAAAUCCCCUCUCUGAUUCGGAUCAUCACGUCGCAGAUGAUCUGUGUGGAGGACAGCGACAGGGAGGAGUUCUGCUAUGAGAUAAGCGGUGAACCCUUGGUCUGCUUCACGGAGGAGAACACGUGGCACCUGGCGGGAAUGAUGAGCUGGGGCCCAGGCUGCAGCCAGGACGAGGCCCCGCCCAUCUUCCUGCAGAUCUCCUCCUACCAGUACUGGAUCUGGGACCGCCUCAGCGGGCAGACCCUGCCCUCCCAGUCCAGGGUCCUGCUCCUGGCACUCCCUCUGCCCCUCAGCCUCCUUGCUGCCCUGUGAUACUCGUGCCAUCCUCGGGUAUGUCUGCUCUUGCCGGGCCCCUCCCCACUCGCUGCGCCUGGAGCCCUCCAGGUGCAGUUCCCACGGCCCCACCAGGCAGGGCAGAGACUAGGUGCUCAAUUAAAUGCUUCUU